AUGGAAGAGUCGAUUUCAGCAGCAUCUCGAAUAAUUUUAGCAGUUGUUCGACCACUGCUAAUAUAUUCUAGUUAUAUCUGUCUGAUUUGUGGAUUAAUUGGUAAUAUGUUAAAUAUUAUGAUCUUCGGAUUCUUAAAAGUAUUUCGUGGCAAUCCGUCUUCUUUUUACCUAAUUGUAGAGUCCUUUGCGAAUUGUGGUGUCCUAUUGAAUGUCUACGUAUUACGCAUAUUAUCGAGUCAAUUCAAUAUCGAUUUGACACGCAAUUCAAUUAUCCUGUGUAAAAUUCGAACCGUAGAGCUUGAAAUAACUGUAAUGGUCUCUCUAACGACAAUUUGUUGUGAAGCUCUCGAUCAGUAUCUAGUGACUAGUCAUGAUAUUGCUUGUCGGCAAAGCAGUACGCUAAAAUUAGCUCAGCGAAUGACAUUGAUAAAUGUGGUUGCUUGGAUUCUGCACAGCAUUCCAUUUGCAAUCUUCUAUGAAAUAUUGCCGUCGACUGGUUGUGAUAUUGCAAAUAAAUAUUUUAGCUUGUACUUUUGCAUCGUUUAUCUUUCGUUACUCAAUGGUUUAGUACCACUGGUAGUUUCGCUGGUAUUCAGUGCAUUUGCAUAUCGAAAUGUACGCCGCAUUAUUCGACGUCAAGUCUCGCACAUUCGACGACGGCUCGAUCGACAAAUGACAGCCAUUGUUUUCAGUCGUGUUGUCCUCCUCGUUUCAGUUUCCAUUCCUUUUGGUGCUUAUUUACUGUAUUCAAUUAAUGCGCCGCCAGUUACGGGAAACGCACUUCUUUCAGCUAUCGAUCAACUCUGUUCGGCUGUUACGAGCACUUUGUUUUAUAUGAAUUACGCUGUGAGUGAUUAUAUUGUUCACGCCAUAUCAAUUCAUUGA